ACACCUAAUCAUCCGUAUCCAAAAUUAGAAUGGAAAAUAAAAAUGAAUUUAUUUUUGUGAAUAUUUCGAAAAUGAAAUUUAUAAAAUUUUAUUGUGAUGGAGUAUAUAAAUGAUUGAUUCUUUAUUCAAAUUUGUGACUUAUCCUCUUGCAAAAUCACUCGCUCUCUAUCUUAUAUCGGUAAGCUCCUGCCAGAAGAAGAAGAUGGCCUAAAGUCGGAUAUCUGCUCCGUAAUCCGCCGGCGCCGAUUGAGGGAUCUACUCUCUUGUGUUUCUCUUUUUCCUUUACCCUUCUUACUCUGCUUGGAUUCAGCACAAAUUUGAUCGCCCUCAUGGUAACUAUCACCACAACAAGCACCAGAAACCCAUGUCCGAUCCCCCGAAUUUGCUUCCAUCACAUAGUCCAUUCAGCCAGAUUGGCUCAGUUUCCUUCAUUAGCAGCAGCAGCUCUGGUUGUAAAAUGCAGUAAAAAUGGCAGCCCAGCUAGCGAUGAAGGCAGUUUGAAGGACAUCUUGUCCGGUAUAGUGGAUGAGAGAGUUGAGCAACUUUUGAACAAAGAGGAGAACAAGGCUCUUUUACAAGGAUUGGAACAAGCCUCAUCCAGAGUUGAAAUCGCCAAGAGACAGCUCGCCGAGAUUCAAAAGCAAGAAGCAGAGGCCAUGAUCAUGAGGGAAUAUAUUGAUCAGCUUGAAUCAAAGGCAUCUGAGAUUGCUGAAUGCCAGAAAGAAAUCUCAGAAGCAAGAGCUAUGGUGGAAGAAGCAGAGCUAUCAUUGAACGGCGCUGGCGGCUAUGCUUCGAAAGAGAUGGAAACCGGAAUCUCAAACAAUGACAAGGAGAGAUUGCAGUCUGUUAGAGCUGCGUCAGUAUCUGCUGUCAUCGGCACUCUUGCAGAACUUCCUAUCUCCUUAUCCCGGGUUUCGAGCAAUUCCCAACUGAUACUUCCUCUGGCUAUCACCUUUGUUAGCUGUGCGUUAUUUGGAGUAACUUUCCGCUAUGCAAUCAGAAGAGACUUGGAUAAUUUUCAGCUAAAAGCAGGGACAUCUGCAGCAUUUGGCUUUGUAAAAGGGCUAGCAAUGCUAGAAAGUGGAGCGCCGUUGGAGUUGGACGCCAGCAGCAUUGUGUCCCAUGCUUUUGAUGGUGCGGUCUAUGUUUCUGAAAGUCUUUUGAUUUUUCUGUUCGCUGGUGUUGCGCUAGAUUUUUGCAUAAAGUUGAGAAUCCUUAGUCCAUUUCCAAUUGAGAGAACAUAACCAACAUAGAUAUCGUGUUAUGAGAUAUUUUUUACCUUGAUACUAUCUUUUUAUCAGAUAUUUUCACGUUCAAUUUUUUGCGCCCAUCUCUUAUAUAUUCUCUAUUUAUAUGUG